AUGCCGAUGUUCAAGAGAAAAACUAAAUGCAACAUUUGUGGCCCUCUACCCUCCUCUAAUAGCCUAAGAGUCUGCCAAGACUGUAAGGAUCACAUCACCAUGAGGGCUGAAAGGUUCGGUUAUGAAAGAGGCUUCUCACCGAAAAUAGUUGAAGUUGUAGAUGUGUUGAAAUGGAUCAAGGGAGAUGUUAUGGAUGUAAGAACAGAAAGAAUAGAGUUUCUGAGUGGAUUUGCUAAACAAUUUAACAAAGGCACCCACGCCGAUCUUAUAGUAAAGCCUGGAGACAAGAACCCCUCGUUUUCAGCUCAUAGAGUUCUCCUGGCAUCAAGGUCGGAUGUGCUAAAAAACAUGCUAGAUUCAGAUGAAUCCCGGGUUCAUCCAAACGACACCUUAACCUUUCAAGAACUGAAUCAUGAACAGUUGGAAUGCUUCAUGGAGUUCCUUUAUAGUGGAGAAUUGCCAAGUAAGAAGCUGGAAAAACAUGUUCAGUGUUUGCUAACUGCUGCGGACAAGUACGGGGUCCCGUAUCUUCAGAAGUAUUGUGAGAAACAAAUGGUCAAAGACUUCACUCCAUCAAAUGUACUUGAUGUCUUAGAAAUAGCUGACUCUGCCUUCUCCAACUUGACACUGAAGGAGGCUGCCCUGACAUACAUUUCAAGGAACAUGAGAUCUGUUGUGUCAACGGAGAAGUUUGCUGAUUUUGCUGUUAAGAAUCCUCAGUUGACAGUGCAGAUAGCCAGGGCGUGGACGUGA